CCAGCUGCAGACAUGCCCGGGUCAUUGUAUGAAACCUCCAAUCUGGAGCGAGGCGGCGGCAACAGAAAGAAGAAGAUAGAGGAAUUCUCUCGGUCUUCUCGGGAGAAACUGGUCCAGUCGAAGAACAAAAUGUUCUCCAAAUUCACGUCCAUCCUCCAGCACGCUGUGGAGGCGCUUGCUCCAUCUCUACCCUUGCAGGAAGACUUUGUCUAUCAUUGGAAGGCCAUUACACAUUAUUACAUCGAGACCUCGGAUGACAAAGCCCCCGUCACAGACACAAACAUCCCGUCCCACCUGGAGCAGAUGCUGGACAUUCUGACCCAGGAGGAAGCUGAAAGGGAGUCUGGGGAGACGGGACCCUGCAUGGAGUACCUCCUACACCAUAAGAUCCUGGAGACGCUUUACACUUUGGGCAAAGCAGAUUGUCCUCCAGGGAUGAAGCAGCAGGUGCURACCUUUUACACAAAGCUGCUAGCGCACAUUCGCCAGCCCCUGCUGCCGCACAUCAACGUCCACAGACCUGUACAGAAACUGAUCCGCCUGUGUGGGGAGGUGCUGGCUGCGCCCACAGAAAACGAGGAGAUCCAGUUCCUUUGCAUCGUCUGUGCCAAACUAAAACAGGACCCGUACCUCGUCAACUUCUUCCUCGAGAACAAGUCGAGGAGACCGGAGACCAGGACUUGUAUAGCACCAGAGGAGGUGAAGGGAGGCGUUUUGGCUCCAGACACUGGACAGAAACAGGCCGACAGCCAAGAGGAGCAAGCAGCAGCAGCUGGGGCUUCCUGUAGUCCGUCCUGCAACAAUAACAACACCAACAAUUACAAUUUAGUCACAUCCUUACUCAACCUCACAAAGAGUCCUGAUGGCAGGAUUGUGGUGAAGGCUUGUGAGGGCUUGAUGCUGCUGGUCAGUUUGCCGGAGCCGGCUGCUGCCAGGUGUUUAACUGAAAACACKGAGCUGUGUGCGCUUCUCACAGACAGGCUGGUCUCCUUUUAUAAGGCCCUUCCACAGUCCAUGGACCCCUUGGACAUCGAGACAGUGGAGUCUGUCAACUGGGGCCUGGAUGUGUACAACCUGAAGGAGGACGCUGCCAUCUUCACAGGGAAGCGAGCGCUCAUCUCCUUCCUGUCGUGGUUGGAUUUCUGCGAUCAGCUCAUCAAAGAGGCGCAGAAGUCGGCGGCGGCUGUGAUGGCGAGAGCUGUGAGAGAAAAGUUCUUUAUUUCCGUGAUGGAACCACAGCUCAUGCAGACGUCCGAGGUGGGAAUCCUGACCUCCACGGCCCUGUUGAACAGGGUCAUAAAGCAGGUGACGUCGGAGGCGCUGCUGCAGGAGAUUGUUUGCUUCCUGCUCGGUGAGGAGAAGGAAGCAGAGACUUCAGCUACGAUGUGUCAGAACCCACUCAGACACAGACUCAUCGAGCACUGCGACCACCUGUCAGACGAGAUCAGCAUCAUGACGCUGCGGCUGUUCGAGCAGCUCAUCCAGAAGCCCGAGCAGCACAUCCUUCACAGCUUGGUGCUGCGCAGCCUGGAGGACAGGAACUACCUGGAGAACAAACCUCAGGAGGAGKGGGAGUCGCUGGAGAACGGGCAGCCUCACGACGCCGUAGACCUGGAGGAGGAUCCGUUAUUCGUUGACGACCUCUCUCCAAACGGCAGGUUGUCCGGCUCUGAUUGGCUCGGCUCCUCACCGCCACAAAGUCCAGACCACUCGAAGUCCGACGGGAAGACGGAGGUCCAUAAGAUCGUCAACAGCUUCCUGUGUUUGGUCCCAGACGAGGCCAAGUCCUCGUAUCAGGUGGAGGGCACGGGCUACGACACCUACCUCAGAGACGCACACAGACAGUUCAGGGACUACUGUGGCGUCUGUCAGCGGUGGGACUGGAGGGGAAGUUCAAAACCUUUAGAGAAGUGCAACUUAGAGCUGCCGUUCUUCGAAGGUCACUUCCUGAAAGUCCUCUUCGACAGGAUGGGUCGCAUCUUGGACCAGCCCUAUGAUGUGAACCUGCAGGUGACUGCUGUCCUGUCCAAGCUGUGUUUGUUACCACACCCCCACCUGCAUGAAUACCUGCUGGACCCGUAUAUCAACCUGGCCCCCGGCUGCAGGUCUUUAUUCUCUGUCAUCGUCAGG